GGGGGGAGCCUGGGGUCACGUGACCGAGCUGCGUUUUGAGCGCACUAACCAGAUUGUAAAUAGUGACUGUACAUAGUGUGAUAGGUGAGUGACAUAGGUGAACGAGGUUUUAGUUGGCAAUGAGUGCAAGCAACAAAUCGUCGGUGCCCUCCGGCGGGAGAGGUGCCAAUAAGAACAAGUCAUCACAGCAACACAGCAAGUCUGAUCAUCAUUACUCUAAGUCCACAGACACAGCUAAACACGACAAAGCACAGCCUAAUACGGACCAGAUGCGACACGCACAAAUCAUUGACACUCGGAUGGCUGGUGGGGAGGAUCCGACUCUAAAAGAGCGCAUAAAGCAAGUCAUGGACAUGACGCGCCGUUCUGAGGACGAAGUGGUGCUAGCUUUGCAUGAUUGUGACGGCGACUUAGAUAGUGCCGUGAAUAAUCUGCUUGAGGGUGUCACGCAGGAAUGGGAAGUAAAAAAGAAGAAGACCCGCCAACCGGGAGGCUCAAAGCAGAAUGCUGAUCAAUCAGGUGGUCAGGACGAUGGUGGGGAUUGGGAAGAGAGACGUAACCAACGGGGCGGUGGGCCUCCACGUUUGCGAGGACGCGGAGCAAACCAUGACAAUCGUGGCUGGCGUGGACGAGAAAAUAAAGAGAAUGAACGAAACAUGGAAGAUGGUAGCCGUGAGGGUGGGUAUAGCGGAAACAGACGUGGCAGAGGUGCACCUGGUCGGUCAGGGCGAGGUGGUCGAGGAGGUGGCAGGGGUCUUGGACCCCGUACUUUUGCCAAUCGAGGUGAUAAUGGCUCAGGUGCAACAGGGCACAGCUUUAGUCGACCAAUUGACACUUGGACUGGCAGUGAAGAACAGCAACAAACAGUUCAGGAGCCCAAGAUGGAUGCCUGGAAUAAUCUCGAACCCACUGAAGAUUGGGAUAACGAAGAAUAUACCGGCUCUCUAGCAGAUACAAAAGUUUUUACUCCAAGUGGUGGUUUGGCUGAAGCUACGCCUGGCGCAGAAGAUCCUAAGCACCAAGAAGUUCAACCUCUACAGUCAACUCAAUCUGUUAAACUGUCCCCAUUGCAACAAGAUGAAAUGCCCAAGUUGUCAGAUACUCCUAUGCAGCAACAUCAGCAGCAGCUACAGCAGCAGCAACAAUCCAUGGUCUCUCAGCAACAGCAACAAUCCAUGGUCUCUCAGCAACAGCAGCAGACGCAGUCGAUGUUGAAUAUGCCAACUAUGCAACUACCUCAACAACCUCACGUCUCGACUGGAGGAGUUCUUACAGCUGCCCAGAGUCAAUAUUUUACACAGCUGACUCAACAAACAAGUGAAAACUUGAAGGCAGCCAAUCAAGGCGCGUUCUCAUCAACGAUGAACAGUCAGCCCCAGAGGCAACCAAAGCAGCGACCCCGAGUACCUCCUCCUUCAAAGAUCCCGGCCACCGCAGUUGAGAUGCCUGGCGAUGCUGUGAACAGUGGUAUUGGAUUUCUCGACGUGCAGUUUGGAGCAUUGGACUUUGGAACCGAUGCCGGAUCUUUGGAUGGCUCCGCGACCGAGAAAUACAAUGCUGCGAAUUCAGCCACGCCUGGGAUAGACGUAACUCCAUUGACAAAUGUCGCCAACCCUUCAAAUGCUCCAAAUACUCUGGAUAUCGAGACCAGCCAGACAAAUACUAAUCAGUAUAACGCUACAUCGCAAAUGUUGUCAAGCAAUGAUAGCUUGCCAGUGUCUAGUGACCACUCUCUAAGUUCGCAAAGCGGUUUUGUCGCUCGUAGUGGCAAUAGUGCUCCUUCUCUGGAUAUUACCAAGCAGGACUUCUCCUCCCAGGUAUCUCCAGGGAACACACCUGGAUAUGGAACAACUGCUGCCUAUCAGUCUCAGAAGACAGCUUAUCAGCCUUCCAAUGCGACACCAAACAGCUACAAUGCAUACUCAACUAGUACGCAAUCGACCCAAUCAUCAUUCCCUGCACAAUCUGCUAGUAACAGUAGCAGUUACUCAGCUACAGCAGCAGUCACCCAGGUCUCUGGUUACAACACGUCAUCCUCUUAUUCCCAAAAUAAUGCCUCCACUUUCAAUCAAACUUCCCCAGCUGCUGUCGCAUCUGCGGCAUCGACCUAUAGCCAAAAUACAACUAAUCAGGUAUUUCAGCCAGCAAGUGGUUACGUACCUGCAACAACGUCUCAGUAUCAGUCGCAAUCUGUAGCCACUAAUACUGCGGCUAACAGUAACUCAGGUUACCAAGCAACCGGCUAUCAAGGCUCCUCUUCAUUCCAAUCUACCCCACAGGCUUAUCAAAAUUCUGGAGCUAACUUUACGUCACCAAUGACUCAAGCAUCUAGCGGCUAUCAAAGUGCAACACAAUCGGUUUACGCCAGUGCGUAUAGUAGUUAUGGUACCCAACCACAGACCGGGGCUCACAAUCAUAAGCUCAACAGUGGUACAAAUAAGGAUUCGCAAUAUGAUGGCAGUGCGACAACGUCCAGUAAUUCACUCGCCACGACAAGUGCACCAGCUCUGGGUCUUCCGACUACAGCAAAUAGUUCGCAAGCAAAAGCAACUAGUUCAAAUGCUGUACCAAAGAGCACGUCAAGUGGAGUCGUGACUGGCAGUGGCAGUGGGGCUGGCAGCAUGACGGGUGGUAGUGCUGCUGGAAGCAUGGCACCAAUUCUCAGUCAUCAGUAUAUCAUGGGACAAGGUGUUCCAUAUGCAGCGUUCCAGCAGCCAAUGUACAGCUACGAAGAUUUGCAGCUCAUGCAGCAGAGAAUACCACAUAUGCCCACUACUGGUUACUAUGACGCGGCUCUGGGCUAUCAGACGACUGGUCCAGCAACGAGUCUUGGAGGAGGGCGCGGGGACGCCUUGACUGGCGUCCAAGGUGUUCAGGGUGUUCAGGGCGUACAAGGGGCCUAUACCAGUAUUAGUGACGCCAGGUUUGCCAGAAAUGAUAGCAACGCGUCGCCAGUUCCCUCAACUAUGUCUCAACAGACUGCUACGCAGCAUCAGCAACCGAUGAUGAACCCAACGUUACCACCUGGAUACGCAUAUUUUGCAUACGGUGGCGGCAUGAUGCCUGGAAGUUUUCAAUAUGGAACGCCCGCCAUUUACCCACAGAUUGCUGCAGCUGGAAAUGCAGGCACAAAUAGCGGCGCAUAUAGUGCAAAACCAGGUAGCUAUGGGUCUGGUUACGGUGGUGGCGCUAGUUAUGAUGCUUUGGCAAGCGCUGGACCAGCUGGCGAGUAUAAAGGUGCCAGCAGCGGUUAUACAGGUACACAGACUGGCAAGACUGGGACGUCCACUGGAAAUACCAACUCCGGAGGAUCUUCCGCAACUGAAAUCAGUGCAACGAUGUAUGGAAAGAGUCAUGUUGCACUGAACAAGGUUAACUCAUAUGAUAAGCAGACGUUCCAUUCGGCCACUCCCCCCCCAUUUGGGUUAGCUGGAAGUCAGAGUGCCGCUUUACCAGGUGGUUACGGAGCUCCGCAUUUGUUUAUUCCCACAAUGCCACAUCAGCUGCAUCAGCCCUUACAUCAAGAUAGUGGCAGUACCACGGGACAGCGUUCAAAUGCAAGUUCCCAGAACAAGGCUCAAGCUAAGCCAGGAGGUUACAGUCCAAGCUACUGGGCUGGUGGUAACUAACCUUAAUCAGACGUAAUACAGUUAGCGUAAAAAAGGAAAGAUUGUUCAAUUCACGUCGUCACAGAUUUAGAUAAGCUUUAACGAUCUACAUGAAAGGAAAAAAAACCAGGUCUAGACCAGAUUUUAUAUAUACAGGAUAUAGACGAUUAAAUAACUGGAUUGUAAUAAGACUUGGAAAAUAAAAACUCGAACGAAUUA